UGCCCUGUUCGUGAAUCAUCGUUCUUUUCCGUAACUCCUCGCGCAUCUUCCAACGAGCGGCGCCGCUCGUGUCACAGCAGCGGCGGCGGCGGCGGCGGCGAUGGCGACCGUCAAAGCGGUUCUUUAACCGGGAAGAAGGAGAACAAUAACACCCGGUCCCCUCCCAGCCGUCGAAGACCAGCUCUACAAUGGAAGGACUCGACGUUCCCGACCAGGAGCAACUCCUGCAGUUCCUGCGGAGGCUCAAGGAGGUGUUCGACGUGUGCGACGAGGACGCCGACGGCUUCAUCCGGGUGGAGCACUUGGUGGACCUCGGUCUUCAGUUCGGCCAAGGAGACGAGGUGAAGAAGUUGACCAGGUACCUGGAUCCCAACGCGCACGGGAAGGUCAACUUCAAAGACUUUUGCCACGGAGUGUUCGCCAUUAAAGGCUGCGAGGAGAUCCUGAAGAUGGCCGUGGGUCCUCGCGGCGUUUCCUCCAACCAGUCUGUGACGGACAACGGGUACAUCUACCAGAACGGCGAGGCCAAGCUGGGCCCCCCCAUCAUCAUGUACACGCGCUCCUACCCAGAAUGCAGCGCGUACGGCGAGGGCUCCAGUGCCGACGGGGAGUGCGCCAUGGACAGCAGCGCCGAAAACGGCAACGGCUGCGACUCUCUGGACCCGAGGCGGCGACACGGCCCCCUGAUUGGCUCAGCGUCUGCAUCCGUCAUCUCCGGGGAGGAGCAGUUUGAGGACUACGGGGAGGGGGAAGAUGUGGACUUCACUCCCAGCAGCCCUUGCCCCGAAGAGGACUCCCGAACCAACGGCUUCUCAGACCUGGGCUCCUCCCUCCCCUCCAGUGCGGGUCAGACUCCUCAGAAGAUGCGUCAGCUGUACAGCACUGAGCUGCUGGACAUCUACUGCUCUCAGUGCUGCAAGAAGGUCAACCUGCUCAACGACCUGGAGGCCCGGCUACGGAACCUCAAGGCCAACAGCCCCAACAGAAAGAUUACCAGCACAGCGUUUGGACGUCAGCUGUUCCAGGCCAACCACAGUGUGUUCGGGUCCAGCCAGGGCAGCAGCACCGAGGACCUGUUCAGGGACAGCAUCGACUCCUGUGACCUCGACAUCACGGAGAAAGUCAGUUACCUGGAGAAGAAGGUGACGGAGCUGGAGAGCGACAGUCUGGCCAACGGAGACCUCAAAUCUAAACUCAAGCACGAGAACACGCAGCUGGUGCACAGGGUGCACGAGCUGGAGGAGCAGGUGAAGGACGCCGAGGCGAGGGCGGACCAGAGUCUGGAGGACGAGACCAAGAGGCACCGGGAGGCCUUCAGCAAGAUGGACAGGGACCGGAACGGAGAGAUAGACCAGCUCUGCAACAGGGUCCAGCUGUUGGAAGAAGAGAAUGGAGAGAUGAAGGUGAACGUGUGCAGACUCAAGUCUCAGACGGAGAAGCUGGACCAGGAGAAGCAGAGGAUGACGGACAAGCUGGAGGACACCGGCCUGCGGCUGAAGGACGAGAUGGACCUCUACCGGAAGAUCAUGGACAAGCUCUGGCAAAACCGCCACGAGUUCCAGAAGGAAAAGGAGGCCAUGCAGGAGUUGAUCGACGACCUCCGCCGGGAGCUGGAGUACCUGCAGCUGUUCAAGCUGGAGAUGGAGCAUCCGGGGCAGGGCCGGGGGCUCCCCGAGUUCAACGUCAGGACCAGAGAGAUCGAGAUGGAGCACGAAGUCAAGAGGCUGAAACAGGAGAACCACAAGCUGCGGGAUCAGAACGACGACCUGAACGCUCAGAUCCUCAGCCUGAGUUUGUACGAGGCCAAGAACCUGUUCGCCUGCCACACCAAGGCCCAGUGCCUGGCGGCCGAGAUCGACAACGCGUCCAGGGACGAGCUGGUGGACGCUCUGAAGCACCAGGAGGAGAUCAACCUGCGUCUGAGGCAGUACAUGGACAAGAUCAUCCUGGCCAUCCUGGACCACAACCCCUCCAUCCUGGAGAUCAAGAGCUAAACGCCACACACGCACACACGCUUGUCUUUAUGUCGUUGUGGGGACCGUGCGCUUGCACUGUAGUUGUGGGGACCGUUAGCUUGCACCUUAAAGUUAUAAUCCUUCACGAUUUUAGCCCAACAGAGUUGAUGUGGAUAAAGAAGUCGGUGAAUAAUGGCAGCAUGAGAACACGCUGCGUACUCGCCACGAAUAUCAUCAAAGGUUUGAGGGAUUAUAACUUUAAACUGUCCUAAAUGUUCUAACUCCUUAUCACACUCAUAUAUAUCUACUCCACCCACGCAGGCGGUCUAAAUAUCCACUAAAGUCUUCAGUCGCUGUAGAACUGCUGCGCCAUGUAAAGUCUGUCCGCCAACGUUUUAUAGAUAUAUAUAUUUGAAACUACUGAAAUGUGAAGACUUUAAAAAUAUGUGGUUCCACACACACAAACAUAUGUUGGUGUUCACUUUGUAACUGAUUAUAAUAACUGGGCUGCAAGAUUCAAGGCGUACAGGACAUACACCAAUGAUCCAUUUAAAGGGCCAUACCAGUGUUUUGCCAAAUGAAAUGUUUAGAAUGUAGAGUUUUCACCAUCUUUAAAGCUUCAUCUCAGGCGGUGUGAACAUGGAGAUUAAAAUGCAAGUUGACUUCCAUACUGUAUCAGAACUAAUGGAAUGAAUUCCAUCACUUUCCCCGAGUGUGACACGAGAAGAUUGACAGCCGUCUCUUCUACGCUGGAUCCGGGACACGGUUAGCUUAGCAUAACGCCUGAAAGUUCAGAAGUACCCCACUAAGGAUGCCAAUUAACACGGUGUGUGUGUCGUUUGAUUAUUCUAUCUACAAACAGAAAUGUAAAACAAGAGUUAAGUUGUGUUUAUGUUGAACUACUUCUUAAAAAAAAAAAAUUUAAUCUGAAAUAAAAGACAUGUAAAGUGGUCAAACAUUUGUAGUAAUUGUGUAUAUAGAGUAAAACACCGACAUGGGCCCUUUAAGUGACAAUCCAACCACCAGGAACCCUUUAAUUUAAAUGUCCACAUGAUUCAUAAACGCCGUAUAUAUACAUGAAAUACAUUUCUACUUGUCGGUAACCGUCACUGAAGAACAACCAGGACGGUAUUUUUAAGGUGCUAAGAGCCAACGUCAUGUGCCAAAUCUGAACACUUCACCAAAUGUGAAAUGUCCACACGAUGCGUUCAGGUGACCUCGGGAAACAGACCGAUGUUCGUAUACCGUCUGCCUAAUACAAACGCCAUCAUCACUGAUGUCUUCAUAAAUAAAUACGGUACUAACACGGUGUACUUUGCAGAAUGCUAAAGAACAAUAAAAAGCACUUCCCGUAACCCGCUGAAUUAAAACUGAAAAUCUGUUUCUGCUUUCUGCCUUCAGUGACUUUGUGGAUUAGGAAAACUUUAUUCUACCUUUUUGUGCUGUAGGUUAUUCUCACUCUAAAUGUCACCUAAAUAUAAAGAACUUGAACACUGUUUAGUUUGGCUCCAUUGUUCUCUGAGGGAUUGUUUCAUACUUGAUCUGCUUUUCGUUCCCUGUUAGUGUUGUUGGCAUACGAGGUUGAAGGUCGUUAUUAUUAAUCCAUCGUUGUCUCUGUGAGUGAAUUUUUUUUUUUUUUUUUUUUUUAGCGACAUUUUUUACUUUAAAACACGGUAUUCACUAUUUCAUACGUUGUAAAUGUUGUACAGAAUCUAGUUACUAAUUAUGUGCAAGUCAUUUUGCUUAUUUAAGAAAGUCUCUUAGAGAGUUUUGACACAAUAAGAAAUAUGUGUUGUAGAAUAUAAUAUAUAGCACACGUAAAAGUGGCAUAGCCAAAGUAUUUAACAGGAAUAUUAUUGAACAUGAUGGGAGAAAACACUAAUAAAAAGAAAAGAGCAUCAUCAGUCACGCCUGUGUUCACGUUGACUUAUUUUUCUUGUGUAUCGCUCAUGGAAUUGUAGAAUAUAAAUAAAACUCAUUGGCUUUGG